GCUGAGAGUCUCUUCCCUCCCACCUCCUGAGCUGUACUCGCCUGCAGAGCGUCUUCCCCGGUAGUUUGGCUUUCUUGCUCCUGGGUGAACUGUUUUGACCGGACUUUUCACGCCAGUUUGCCCAGCAGAAGAGGACUUUAAACCGGGGCGACUCAACUUUCUAGCUACCUGCGUGUUUUUGUCCCGCGGCGACUUCUCCACUUCAAACUUUCUGCUAUUUUUCGUUCACUCUCGGUUUCGUGGGGGGUCUGAGCUUCUCCUCUCCGCCGAAGAUGUCUGUCGCGAGCCACAAGACGACGACGACAACCUACCGGACCGUGAACGUGGCCUCCCCGGAGCCGGUGGCCAGCACGUUGAUCCGGACCACGCCGGCGUCCCCGUUGCCGUUAGCGGUGAACAACUCGUAUGAGACGGUGCGGUACCUGGUCCCGGUGCAGCAGGCCGUCCAGCAGCCGUCCUACAUCUUCAUGCAGCAGCCUGUGGUGCAGCCGAUGAUGUCCCCGGUGUACCUGCACAGUGUGCCUCACCUGAGCGUCAGCAGCCAGGGGUCCGCAGACCUCCUGUACCAGCAGCAGAGCACCAUGGAGAGCAUCAGCGGGAAGUCUUCAUCAGUGUUCAGCCAGUCAUCCAAGAGCCCCGAGCCGAGUGCUGAGGAGGAGGAGGAAGACGAUGAGGAAGAAGAGGACACAGUGGAGGUGGAAGAGGUGGAGAUUGUCAAUGUCAUACAGACAAAGCAGCCACCGCCGGCGAUACAGAAGAUCACCAAGGAGGUGAAGACCGAGUUAAGGGAAGUGCCCCAGCCGACCAAGAUGGACACACGGUACUUCGGCGAGCUGCUAGCUGACGUCUACAGGAAGAACUGUGACAUCCACUCCUGCAUCUCCGAACACGUGUCCAAGAUCCGUGGACAGAAACACCAGCUGGAUCCCAGCAAUGACUACAAGGUGGAGAGAGAGGAGGUGGAGGCUUUGCUCCCCAAAGGAGCCACUGAACUGACCAAACAACAAAUCCGCUACCUGCUGCAGACUCGUCUCACUGCAGAUAAGAGCAUGCGUCUGCUGCUCUCCACCUUCAGCAGUCUGAGAGAGGAGCUCCUCCACAUGUCUGAGGACCUGCGGCGUCUGGAGAGCGAGAAGGAGGGUUUAGAGAGAGAUCUGAGCUUCAAAGCCGACCAGGCAAAGCAGUAUGACUGCCUCCUGGAGGCCGUCCGAGAAAACAACAGACAGCUCCAGGCAUCUCUGAAGGAAACCACCAUCGCCCAGCGUUCUCUGGAAACUCAGCUGAUGAGCAGCCGAAACACUGAAUCAAGCCACGACUACAAGAUCAAAGAGGUGGAGGGGAGGAUGAGAGCUCUGGAGAAGGAGAACGAGAUGCUCCGGCAGAAGCUGGCGGGACAGGGCAGCAGCAGCACCCUGCACAUCAAGACAGAGGAGCUGUCCCGUCAGUACAGAGACCAGCUGAACUCCAUGAGAGAGGAGAAAGACCGGGAGAUCACCAGGCUGCGGAGCCAGAUAACGAAGAUCCAGACAGAGGUCACCACCGACAGGUCGUCCUCAGAAAAGAGUCUCCAGCUGAAAAUCUCAGAGCUGCUCGCCCUGUUAGAGCAGCGGCAGACCACCAUCACACGACAGGAGGAGGAGAUCAGGAGGCUGAUGCAGGACAGAAACGAAAGCUCCAAGAGCCAAGUCACCAAGACCAUCAUCACCAAGAGGUACAGGAACCAGUACCCGAUCCUCGGGCUGCUGAGCGACGACUACCAGGUCACCUCGCCUGUCAAAGAAGCCAAGACCAUCGUCAUCGAGAAAACUGGAGAGAUGAUCAAGCAGGAAAUCAUUACAACCCCUUAAAGACACACUGCUUCUCUCCGACAGGAAUGAUUGAUCGAUGAGAAGACCCAGCUCUCCCCCCCC